UGCGCGGCCCCGGGAGCCGCCGGCUCCCCGCCAAGCCCGGGAGGAGAGUGCCGGCGGCGGGGCGGCCGUCAGUGCGGGACGCAGGGAUGUGUCACCCCGGCGGGCGGCGGUGCCUGCAUCCCUCCCCGGCUCCGCUCGGAUCUCCGGGCGCUGCUGAUGCUGCCUGUCUGCUGCGGGCGCCGCCCGCGCGUCCCCAGACCCAUGCGGGGCCACCCCCGGCGUGGGCGGUGUCUCGCUGCCGCCUCGACGGCGGUCAUCGCCGGCCGCCAGCGCCGCCCGGGCCCGGCGGAGGGAAGCGCAGGCGGCGGCGGGUUCGCGGCCGCAUCCCUCUCUCCGGUGCGACCCCCGGCAGCCUCUUCUGGAGCCAGCAGGGCCCGGCCCUUCCAGCGGAGGACCUGAGGUAUCGCAGGAUUGACUUUGGCGUCGGCAUUACAAAAAGCUUGAUAUCCAUUUCAGCUCCCCGCUCCUCCCGCCUUGGCUCCUGCGUGCUGUGCCUGGGUCUGUGGGAAGUGGCGUCACCCUCCCGUAAGUCACGCUCUGCCUCUCUGCCGUCCAUGCCAGCUGAUUUGUGGAGCUGUGCCGGGUGUUUGCAGAGGAAGAGAGGCCUCUCAAGGAUAGUCCUGGAGGAUGGAAAGCUUUCAGUCAGCACCUUAAGGCAGUGUGCUGCUAAAGAUGCUGGGACAAAAUACUGCUGGGAAAGCAAUGUUCAGGGCAAUGAAGCUGGUGAAGAGCCUGGAGCACAAGUUCAAGUUGUUGUGUUCUAGUUUUAGCACAAAGAGCAGCUGAGGGAGCUAGGGUGUUUAGCCUGGAGAAAAGGAGGCUCAGGAGAGACUUUAUCCCUGUCUACAACUGCCUGAGAGGAGGUUGUAGUCAGGUGGGGAUUGGCCUCUUCUCUCAGUCAGUUAGUGACAAGAGGACACGGCCCCACGCUGCGCCAGGGGAGGUUGCAUUUGGACAUAGAAUUUUCUGCACAGUAAAGGGUGCUUAGAAUUGGAAUGCACUGCCUCGGGAGGUGAUGGAGUCACCAUCCCUGCAAGUAUUGAAGGAAAGACUGGACAUGGCACUGGGCUGGUUGGAUUUGAUGAUUUCAGAGGGCUUUUCCAACCAUGUGAUUCUCUGCUUAUGCUGCUGAUGACAGAAGCUCAGAUUACAAGUAUCUUCUUUUGUUUAGUCUGAUGAAAGAGACAGUAUACUUUUGUCCCCUGAGAGUGCCACACUGCAUAGAGAUCUCAGGCACUCCAGUUUUCAAAUCCAUUAUUUUUUUUAAUCCAGUUUGUAACAGGUGGAUGAUGCACCAAAUUAAAAAAUGACUUUGCUGGUAAGAAGUAAUUUUUGCUACCUAUUCCUUUAAAUCCUUUAAAUAAAUGCUGAAGAGUUACAAAUCAGCUUAAUCACUACAGCUGCAUUUUGUGUCCUUCUUAAGUGCUUAAUGUGGUCCCAACAGUAUUUAUCAUUUAGUGCAAAGAGGACAAUGACACACAGGACAAUUCUGAGUGGUCUCAUAGCUGAAAACAGUUGUAAAAAAUUUUGUGGAGAGUGAGCCAGGUGGAAUUUGCUCCUUUAACUCAGAGCCAAAAGAAUCUUUGUCACUGGGCAGUUGUGUGUAAAACACAAACGAGAGCUGAAUGCCAGCCUCACCUUCCCGAAGUGUACAGUGAGUACAGACAGGCUGCCUGUAGGUGUCACACUCGGACUGCACAGCAGCAUAAAUGCAAGUCAGGAGCAGGUGGGCCUUCUGGUUUGUUUCUUAAAUGAAAGCAACCUCACAUGUUGCCUGUUUUAGUUAAAAAAUAAACAUUAAAUUUAAAGUUUGUUCUGUUCAAUCAAAAGAGGGAGAACUGCAGACAAUACUGCUGACAUGGUCAUGUCCCAUACCUGUUUUAAUGCAAAUACUUCUGAGAAAUAAAAAAGGUAAGUUUUAAAUUAUUGAAUUGUGCACUCUGCAGCCAUCUCAAGACCAGCAGCAUAAGUAUUUUCAGCCUUCUGCCUCCUUAUAUGUUCAUAACUUUUUCUUCCUUCACCACCUCAGUCAGGCUGCCAGAGGGGAACACACAUGAAAUGUAAAAGGACCCAAAGGAGCUGUCACACCUUCCCUCAGAAUGAGAACUGAGAAAAAUACUAUUUCUAAUCCUGAGUCUUGCAGUAUGGUGGUGAUACUAAUUAUAAACAACAGCUUAAUAUAGAAGAGUUUGUUACAGAAACCUACUAAAAGAGAAGGGCAAAAGGCUAUUAAUUACCAGAUUUUGACACUGCUCCACUUUCCUGAAGGAUCGAGGCAAAUGGUACUUGACUGCAGAGAAAAAAGUGACAAUACCUUUUAAAAGCAGCAGGUCUGAAGCCAGUUCUCCAUAAAGAUGUCAGUUAACUAGAGGGAAACAUUUUAACCUACUGGCUUAAUUACAAAAUAAGGGACUAAGCUGAGAUAAAUUAGUUAGAAAUUUUACAGCUUAAAUUCUCUUAAAUUUAAUAUUAAGUGGCUACCAAAUAGAAUUAAACCUGCCUUUACAAGACAAAGAUGGCAUUCACAUUACUAUUGAAUCCAUUGCUUUAUAGCAAAAUGCAGAUUACAGAAAAUUACCAAGUUCAAAACUAACUUCUUGCUUGUAUGUGAGCCAAAGAUGGAAGCACUCAUGUAGAAGGUAGAUAAAACAUGUACUUAUCAGUUCCAAGAGGGCUUAGUAGGUAAACAUUUUGCAUUGGUCAAUUUUCUGCUAAAUGCCAGAAUUUUCAAAAUUAAAAUUUUGUUUCAUGUGGUAGUCUGAAGUCCUGGAAAAUGGAAAGGCAGGCUUGUAUACUUCAAACUGCCCAAACAAAUCCUUUGGAUGAAAAUUUAGAAUACAGUUUUUCAUGUAAGUCUGAACUAUGCAGGGUCCUUCUGGAACAGAGGCACAAGUCCACCUCUGUCUGUCAAUGAAAUCACAGAUUUUUCCCAAAUAUAAUGUUGUACUCAGUUAAUGAAUUACAGUAGGCAGAAACCAAUACUGGUAACCUCUAAAAAAGAGAAUACAGUUCCUGAAAAACAACCCAACCAACCAGACAAAAAAAAAAAAAAACCCAAAAAAUAUCCUCUAAAUUUCUAAAAGCUUUUAAAAACAUUUUGUUGUAAAAAUAAUGAUCCCGGAAGUAUUUUGUGGUAAGAAUAUUUUAUAUAUUUUUUUACACUUUUAACACUUACAAAAACAUUCAAACACAAAAAAAAAAUUAAAUAACUUUGGGAGCAGAAUAAAUCCUUCUGCCUACACACAUACAUCAAUUCCAAGCUGUUGGCACAAAAAGUAAUCCACAUUCAUAAAACCCUUACUACUAUAUCAAACAUAAGUUAAGUAAAUCAUAGGCACUAUUUUAUCAAAUCCAUAUUUCCACAAUUCUGCAGUAAAUCUCUAAACACAGAGCCCCAUGAU